AUGUCAAAAGGAAAGGUUUGUUUAGCAUAUUCUGGAGGUUUAGAUACAUCUGUGAUCCUUGCAUGGCUUUUAGAGCAGGGUUAUGAAGUGAUCGCUUUCAUGGCGAACAUUGGCCAGGAGGAGGACUUCGCAGCUGCCGAAAAAAAAGCUCUUGCAAUUGGCGCAUCCAAGUAUGUCCUGGUUGACGUCAGAAAAGAAUUUGUUGAAGAAGUGUUGUUUCCAGCUGUGCAAGUCAAUGCUGUUUAUGAAAAUGUUUACCUGUUGGGGACGUCGUUGGCCAGACCUGUUAUCGCCAAAGCUCAAAUUGAAGUAGCGGAAAAGGAAGGUUGUUUUGCUGUUUCCCAUGGAUGUACAGGCAAGGGAAAUGACCAGGUUAGAUUUGAGUUGUCUUUCUAUGCUUUAAAGCCUGAUGUGAAAGUUAUUGCACCUUGGAGAGAUCCAUCUUUCUUUGAAAGAUUUGCGGGAAGAAAAGAUCUACUCGAUUACGCUGCUCAGAAGGGAAUUCCCGUCACCCAAACCAAAGCCAAGCCUUGGUCUACGGAUGAAAAUAUGGCACAUAUCUCUUUUGAAGCUGGUAUUCUCGAGGAUCCAGAUACAACGCCACCUAAAGAUAUGUGGAAGUUGACAGUUGAUCCUACCGAUGCUCCUGAUGAGCCAGAAGACUUUAUUGUCGAGUUUGAAAAAGGAAUUCCCAAGAAACUCAUUCUAUCUGAUGGAAAGGAAGUGACGGAACCCGUCACUUUAUUCAUCACCGCCAAUGCUAUUGGUAGAAGAAACGGUGUUGGCAGAAUCGACAUUGUCGAAAACAGAUUUAUCGGUAUAAAGUCUAGAGGUUGCUAUGAAACACCAGGCUUGACUCUUUUGAGAUCAGCACACAUUGAUUUGGAAGGUUUAACUCUUGAUAGGGAGGUUAGAAGUAUUAGAGAUACAUUUGUCACGCCGACAUACUCAAAAUUGCUUUACAAUGGAAUGUAUUUCACGCCAGAGUGUGAAUAUGUCAGAUCUAUGAUUCAGCCUUCCCAAAACACUGUCAAUGGGCUUGUCAGAGCUAGGUGUUACAAAGGGUCUGUAAUUAUUUUGGGCAGAUCAUCAUCCACCGAAAAGCUUUACGAUGCUACUGAAUCUUCCAUGGAUGAACUUACUGGAUUCCAACCUCAAGAUGCUUCUGGAUUCAUUGCCGUUCAGUCUAUCAGGAUUAAGAAAUACGGGGAGAAAGCCAGAGAAGAUGGUAAAACCUUAGGUUUGUAA